AUGAAGGAAGACUAUAAUAAAUCGAUAAGUUGUUCUAUAACAUUACCGUCGGAUAAAGAAAGUUCGCUAUCGUUGGAUAUAAAUGAAGAAAAAUUGUCCCAGUUGGAUAUCAAUGAAGAAAAUUUGCCACCGUUGGAGAUCAAUGCGCCAGUUAUACUCUUAGUUGGAAAAACAGGUGCUGGUAAGAGUACGUUGGGAAAUCAUUUGUUAAGAAUCUCGGAAGAUGAAAAUUGCGCUUUUAAGGUCUCCGAAGAUUUUGAUUCGACAACCAACAAAUCUAGCUCCGCGGUUUACCAAAUUAAAGACAAAACUUACAACAUUAUCGACACGCCUGGGAUUUUUGAUACCAAAAAGCCCAAUGAAGAAAUCAUGGAAGAAAUCGCGCGCACUGUACAAAGAUGUGCUUAUGGAAUCAAGGCCAUAUUAUUUGUUUUUGAAGCCAAAAGGUUUACGGAUGAGCAAAAAAACGUGAUCGAUGGUAUAUCGACGUUUUUCGGAGAACAAGCUUUUCUAUACAUGAUUUCUGUCUUCUCGAAUUGUAACAAAAAAAAUACAAAUGAUCCAAAAAAUUUUGAAAAGUCUUGGAACGAUAAAGUUCGCAUGUUCGUCAAUCGCAUGGGUAAUCGGUGGGCCAUUUCUCCGAAUCCAGACAUCUUUCCCCCUGGUACUCAAAUGCAUGAAACAUGUCUAGAAAAGUUAGAAAAUACUAUUUAUGACCUAAAUGGAAUAUAUACAAACGAAUUGCUCGAAAAGACACGAAAGGAGCAAGAAGAACUCGUGCGGAUUGCAAGGGAAGAACAAGAAAAGAGACAGAGAGAAUAUGAUGAGAUUAAACGAACGGAAGGUAGAGCUAGGGCAGAAGCAGAAUACUUGAAAAGAAAGGCUGAAGAUGAUGAGAGAGCACGUAUUGCAAAUGAUAAACAAAUUGAAAAACUUAAGGAUAGCAUAUAUGAAAAAAUUAGUGAUCUUGAAAAAAGUAUAAGUGACCUUCGACGAGAAAAUGAAGAACUUCAAAAAAAACUUAAUCAAGGAGGUUGUUUCUGGCUUGAAACCCGAGUUAAGCUUGAAUCUGGAAGAAUCGUUCGAAUGUCGGAACUUCAAGUAGGGGAUCGAGUGUUGUCAAACAUCAGAAAUGAUAUUGAAGAGUUUUCAAAUGUUUACCUUAUCGCUCACAUUGGCAAACUCGAUCGUGAAGAAAAAUUUACCAAGAUAAGCUUCACUAAACCAGACGGCUAUAAAAGUCAUUUACGGCUCACAACCACUCAUUAUGUCUUCAAUGAAAAUUUAUCUAUCAUGUUUGCCAAAGAUUUACUUCCUGGAAAAACCAAGAUUUUAGUAUCUGAUGAUAAUAAUAAGCUUGUUCCGGUCAUUGUUGAUGAUAUAACGAAUGAAUGGCACGAUGAAUAUAUUAGCUUUUACACUCGGGCGGGUUCAGUUAUCGCCGAAGGCGUAUUUUGUUCUUGCUACGACGAUUGCCCGCCUUCUCAGUGGCUCAUGGACCUUGUUUUUUUACCAGUUCGCUGGUGGACCCUUUUCAAACCAAGCACGCAUCGUGAAAAAUGCCUUCAUCCUUAUGUUCAGUUAUUGGAAACUGCAUAUUUUUCUUUUAUCAAUUUAUUUGUGCAAUGA